ACUUACCUUGAAAUCAAGCAGCAAGAUUGAAGCCAAAAGCCCACUUGGUCCUUAUUUCAUCCUAGAGCACACUGGCUUGACAGGAAUGAACACUGAAGAAAUCUCUGCUGAUAGCAACUUUAAGGGAGACUUCACUGCAGGACCAGUGUAUGGUAAUACCAUUUCAACCCAGUCAUUUGCCAUCUUCCCAUUCAGGCAAGAAGCAAAAUCGAUUCUAUGGUUCAGCUUGACUCCACACUUGUCAAGGCCCAGAAUACAAUUGCAGCAACGCUUGCCAAUGGUGAACUCUCAGUUGUGUCUAACACCAAUGCCUUCGAAGAUCUCUUGACCCAUGUUGCAGAGCUUUCCUUCAAAGACAGCAAGCUGUCACUGAAAUGUGAUGCAAAUGCUGUUGCUCUUGGCAUGAAGAUCCACAACCAGGCUGAAGCCUCUGCUGGUGCUGGUGAAGUUGUAAUGAGAAUGGAAACUAAUGCUGACCACACUGAAAACCGUGUUUACUCCCUGCUGACUGCCUCCCUUGAUGUCAAUGGCCUGGCUGUGAACAGUGAUGCCACCAUAAAGCUCCUUGAGAAUGAGGCUACCCAUAAGGCUACUCUUAAAAUGAACAAGGAUGGUUUGACCACAAGUGGAACAACCACUCUUCAGAGCCCCCUGUCCCUGGAAAACACCUUCAAUGCCGGGCUUGAUGCUUCAAUGGCUACUCUAUCCAUCACCAACAAGGCUGCAAUUCAAGACAUCAAGGUUGAUAAUGCCAACACGUUGACCAUUACUCUUUCUAGCCUUGACUUCAACUCAAAGGCUGAAGCUACUGCCAGUGAGUAUGCAUCUUACACUCAUGAUAUCACCAUCGACCUGAAACCAUACACUGCCUCUGCAAAUGUAAAUAACAACCUGAACGUUCUGGCUGCCAACUUCAUUAAUGAGGCCCAGCUGCAGGCAGAGCUUUACAAGAUGGAUCUGACUGGAAACCUGAAAGCCAUCUAUGGUGAGGAAGAGAUCAAGCACACCUAUCAGGUCAACUAUGCUGAUAUGACAGCUAAUGCAAAGUGCAGCACCAUUGGAAAACUCUUUGGAACUCACAUGAGCCACAACACCGAGCUUGAGGUUGUCGGUCUUGCUGCCAGGAUGACCAACGAUGCUCGCUUCAGCUCACAGCCAUUCCGCUUUGAUCACACCAUCCGUUGCAGCAUUGUUCCUUUUGAUUUCAACCUUGAUGCAAUCUUUAACGCUGAUGGAGACAUGACCAUGUAUGGAAAGCAUAGUGCCCAGCUCUAUGGCAAAUUCCUCCUUAAGGCACAACCCCUGGCUUUUGCUAGCUCACAUGAAUGCAGAGCAUCAGUAAACCAGCAGCUAGAUAACGGUUUUGGCCUUAAGACAAUUAUGGAAAAUAAAAUGGAUACCGUUUUGUCACUUCAAGAGCAGAAGACCAGUUUUAGAAUUAAGUCUAAAUUUAAUGACCACAUUUAUAAACAGGAGUUGAAUGCCUACAAUACUGUUGAGAGAACUGGAAUUGAGGUUUCUGGCACCCUCCUCACAAACAUUCUCAAUACAGACUCUGUGGAGAACCAGGAAUUUGCUGUUUCUGGAUUCCUCAGAUAUGAUAAGAGCACAAAUACUCAUAUAAUUCAAUUCCCUAUAAUUACAAGUAUUUCUGCUUACUUGGAAAGCCUCAAAAUGCUUGUUGUACAUGUUGCAGAGACACUGCAAAACUAUGUUAACAAUGAAGACAUCAAGACUAAACUUGAGGCUCUUUUGCAACAUGCAAGGCAUUUAAUUGUUCAACUGAAUAUAGAGAGCAACUUCAUUCAGCUGAAACAGAACCUAAAUGAUUUUACCAAAAACUCUGUCAUCUCCAUGGACGAUUUGGAAAACUCUUUGACCAACCUGAAAGUUACUGUUGAGAAACUACGGGCUGAUGUCACUAUUUACAUACAACACGUUGUUGGUCUGGUGAAAGAGAUUAUUGACAGUGGCAUCUUUCCUGAAACUCUCAUACAGAAGAUCCAGGAUCACCUAAGAUAUGUCAAUGAGGAAUAUGACAUCCAGGCAAUGGCUGUGUAUGUCAUUGAGACCAUGAGGGAGCUUAUCCAGCAGAUUGACUUGGAAAAACUAUCAGGGAGCAGCAUCGCGUUCCUGCGUGACAUUGAUUCCAAGUAUGAAAUCAACACACAACUACAGACCGUCCUGAGUGACAUGAAACAAAUAAUUGAGACAUUUGAAAUUCAGAAAUGUGUUGCUGAGCUGAAGGAGUACAUUUCUACUAUCAACAUUAAAGCUCACGUCGAAGAAUUACUAAAUCAGAUUCCUUCAGACAUUCUCAGUAAUAUAACAGAUUAUAUUAAGGAAAUGAUUCAGGAACUUGACAUCCUUGCUAAAAUGAACACAUUCAAUGCCAAGAUAAGAGAGUUUAUUAUAACAUUUGAGGCUGACAAAAAGUUUCAGACAUUCUUGGAAAAUGUUGCAGAGCUCAUCAAGCACUUCAGAAUUGAGGAAACCUUCAGUGCUGUAGCCAAGAUGGUGAAGGAUUCAGACAUGCCUAACAAAUUCAUCCAAGCCUUCCAUGGUGCUAUUGACUACUUCAAAUCAACUGAGAUUACGGAUUUAAUUUCCCAGUUGAAUUUAUGUAUUGGCGUUAUUGAACAGAAAAUUGAUUCAUUUAAUUAUAAUACAUUUCUGGAUUAUGGCAAUCAAAUGAUCGUUGAGUACACUGCUCAUUUGAAUGAACUGAUAAGGACUCUUGAAAUCACCGAGAAACUUGAGGCAAUAAGAAAUCUGGCCAACUUGGUCUUAACCUCUGUAAAGGAUUAUCUGGAACAAGUGAGAAAAAUAAGAAUUGCGGAAUUUCACCAGAUUGUGUUAAACAAUCUGAAAGGAUUUACUGAAACUAUGAAGGAGGAAAUUGCAAAACUGGAUAUCAACGCUGAAAUGACCUCUUAUCUGCAGUUUGCAAAGAAGUGCUUCACCCAGUUAACAAACAAUGCCACCAAUACGUUUACCAGCAUUGUUGAGGUCAUUAAGAAGUUGGCACCUCAGCAAAACAUUGUUGCUGAAAUUGUGCAGAUCAUCGAAGGACUGAUUACUGGACUACAGAAAGCCCAUCUAAAAGUGCCAUCCUUCACCAUUCCUCUUACUGAUCUCGUUGUCCCUUCACUGGAAUUCAGCAUAGAUAAACUUAACCAGUUCGAAAUUCCUCCUCAGCUGGAAAUCCCUGAGUUCACCAUCAUGGGCUUCCACACAGUGCAAGCCACUAUAAUUUCACUUGAUGACAUUCAACAGAAAAUCAUUGACUUCAUUGAUUUCUUUCUAAAUUUUGAGUUGAAGAUGUUUGAUAUGAGUGUUUCAUUUGGGGACCUGACUUUGGACUUCCUUCCUUCCCUGCCUGAGUUUUCACUUCCUGAGCUCACACUCCCAGAGCUCUCCUUUCCCACUAUUCCUCCUUUUCCAGCAGAGAAACUUUUAGAGUCUCUCCAACUCCCAACACUUCAGCUGCCAGUCAUUCCAACUCAGAUCAUGAUUCCAGGAUUUGGCAAACUGAGUUAUGAGAUAAAAGUCAACUCCCCCAUCUACACUAUAAGGAAUGCUGCUGAAGUCCAGAGCGUUCUUGAUGUAGAUGAGGGUCCUCAGCUUACAGCUUUUCUGACUUCCCAAGGGACAUCUCUCAGCUAUGAAUUUCUCAACUUACACCUAGAUUGCACUGCUCGUGUUACUGUUACUAAGGAGCAUCAUGCGAUUGCUGCGGAGACCCUUAAGUUCUCUCACAAUUUUCUCGAGUUGGACCACCAUGGAUCUGUGACAUUUUAUGACCACUCGGCCCAGGCCUCAGCCAAGACCAUAGUGAAAGCCCCCACAGCAACUUACAACGCUGAGAUUUUAAAUGAAGCUUUCUUAACUACCAAAGGUGGUUUAUCCGCUACUUUUGAUACUUCUUAUAAACAUAUGCUUAACCUACACAUCAUGGGCCUCACCGAUGAGACAUCUGUAAUUCAAAAAGCAGUGGCCCACCAAGAAGGUACCUCUAUUACAUUAACUGUUGGAAAUCAGCUAGCUAGCACCUUAAACUCCCAUGACAGUACCCAUAAGAGUGACCUGCAAUUCACUGUCAAUCCCAGUACAAUAACGAUGACCUUCAUUACUGACACGGAUACAUUCUUCUUGAAGAUGAGACAAACACUAAGCGCUGAUCUCGACAUCUCUAGCAAUUUGAAGUUUGAUAUUCGCUCUGAAGCAGAAGGCCCUACAAUCAAAAACCACCUUUUAGUAGGAUCGUUAAAUGCCAAUCUACAUGACAUGAAGCUUGAGUUGAAGGCAACCCAUGGCACAGAUUUGAUAGGUGUUGUGAGUGGAGACUUAUACAAUGUGGUUGAUGUCGCCCUCUCUCCCAGAGAGAUUUUGUUCAGCUUUCAGAAUAAGGGAAACACAAAGGUCAAUGUCAAUGAUGCUCUUAUAGCUAAAAUUGAUCUGCAGAAUGAUUACUCUGUAACAUUCAGGCCUGGCACACAACAUAUGAACACUGUGGCUCUGGCCCGUCUUAAUCAGUACAAAAUGUUCUAUAACUGCACUGUUGACAACAAUGAGAGGGAGGCUGCCGUCAUUGCUGCUUUAGAAGCUGAAGCAAACUUGGAUUUCCUGACUAGGCCCAUCAGUAUUCCUGAGAUCAAUAACAUUUUGACCACCACUGAGCAGACAGUUAAUGUGGACACCAAGAUCGUUUACCAUAAAAGUGAGGCCGCCCCCCUUGUUGAUAUGUUGGGUCUGAUCCAGAUUCCCUCUGUUGGUAACCUGAUCACAGAGCUGUCCGUCAAGUCUGCCAUUUUAAAUCUGAAUGUUAAUGCUGGAUUCUACACUGAAGAAGAUCUUGUGUUCCGUCUGGGAGCUACCACAGCCUCUGUGUUUGAGGGUCUUAAAGCCAAACUCGAUGGAACCACCAGUCUGACUACCAGGAGAGGAAUCAAGUUGGCCAAUUCCCUGUCCCUUGAAAAUCCCCACAUUGAAGGCACCCAUGACAGCACUAUCAGCUUGAGUACUGAGACUUUUGAAACAGCUGUCUCUGUUUCUAUGGAGUCAACAAACAAGGCCAACAUGGAUGGCACAAUGCUUGAAGACUAUUUACUUUUGGGAGUCCUGGAUAAUGACUUCAAUUUGUAUCUGAAUAAUGAUGGUUUACGUUCCACAUCCAAGAUUAUUGCUGAUGCUAAGCUUAACCAAGGUACCACCAAAGUCAUUGCCAUGGAUGUAAAUGAGAAUCUUGCUGUCGAGGCAUCACUUAGCCGUGUUUAUGCAGUAUUUAAAUAUAGUGGAAACAACGAGGCAAACUUGUUCAAUUUCAAUACCAACGGGAAGCAUGAUGUCCAUGCAAACAUUGACUUCGCACCAACGUCUUCCUUGACUGCUGAUAUGGAGAUUGAAAUAUCUCAGCCGAGCAGCCUGGGGGACGUCUCCAUCUUGGAGAAGGCCAUUGCUGAUGUGACAGCUGACAAGCAGAAGAUCUUCAUCAAUGGCAAGUUUGUCAGCCCGCUGUACACCACAAAUGUGGCAGCUGACGUAGAGGGCAGUGCUCCUGUCUUUAAAGUCAACUUUAGGUCCUCCGCCACCUCUCCAGUUGUCUUCUUGGAGCAUGUUCUGGACUCUUCCAUUACCAUCAAUUUGGAAAAUGAGGGCGUAAGCCUUACUGGGAAGGCAGUUUUAACCCAUACAGAUCUGAGCAUGGACAUUCAACACAUUCUUUCCUACACAUCGAGCGGCUCACGUCUUACCCUGAAUGCAGACAUUAACAGCCCUGCCUUCACUGACGUAAACCUACGUUACGCUGUGCGCAAAGAUGGAAUCAGUGCCACAAUUUCUAUCCCAUCUACCGGCUUUCUGGGUCUUCAGCUUCAUGGCAGGGCCCCACUGCAAAUGAAUUCCAGGAUUUAUGGCCGCUAUGCUUCUGAUCCUGGGAUGGAUGUCGAUUUCUUCACCAUCAGAGCUUCUGCCAAAGAUGCCAACAAAAUGAAUCUGAAGAUGGUCUUCAACAUGGACACCCCUGACAUCAUGCUCAUCACAAGAAUCUUAUCUCUAAUUCGUACCAAGUCCAGUGGUUAUGAAACCUACUGCAUUGACUGA